AAGAUCACCAUUAAUAGUACUCAUCCAAACAUAAUACUUUAGAGUUGAAUAUUGAAUGGCAGCCAAAUUGAAGAGCGUUCAAGUGACUGAGAAGCACAUAGUUAACAGCUUUCGUUCACGCACUCUCUCACACAUUGUCGCAUCUGGUCUCUUUGCUUUUCGAGGCAUUGCCAACAGGAAUGGUCACACAUGGACGUAUAGUAAGAACGUAGAGGAAGAAUUGCAAUCGAGUAAAGUGCCUGAUGAACUGAUAAAGUCAGAUUCUAACAAAUAUUGGUCUCCUCAUCCUCAAACUGGUGUCUUUGGACCAUCCUCCUCCUCCUCCAUCACCGACACAAACGACAAGAAUCGCAGCCAAGAUCAGGACUCAGUGAUGGAUGUGAAAGCAUGGUUCCGUGCAACGAGCCUCGAGGAUUUGGACAAGACUUAUUCAUAGCAAGCAAAGUUCUUUCUUUAUGUGUGUGUUUCUGAAUGUUGUAAUAAGUUUGAAGUAAAACUGUUAUUAAGUUCCAAUAACGAAUAGAACGUCUGGUGUUAUGAUGUUUCAAUGAAUGUAACGCUUGUUUUCCU